AUGUCUCCUCCGACCAAGCAGCAACAAGGCCGCUCGAUCGCCCUCGUAGGCGCAGGCGGCCACAUCGGCAAGCCCAUCCUGGACGCCCUCCUUGCCCUAGGCAUCCACGACAUCACCAUCCUCACCCGCCCAGACUCCGCGUCCACCGCACCAGCCAACGUCAAGGUCCAUCAGACAAACUACACCACCACCGAAGAGCCAGCCCUCGUCGAGAUCCUCUCCACCAUCGACGUGCUCAUCGUGGCGGUCGCUUUCACCGCGUACGCUGUCCAGACCCCGCUCUUUCGCGCCGCCGCCGCCGCAGGGGUCAAGUACAUCCUGCCCUGCGAGUUUGGCGGCGACCCGAACGCCAAGCUGCGGCAGCAUCUGGACGUCAUCUCCGAGAAGGACCAGUACCGCGCGCUCGUGGAGGAGCUGGGUGUCAGCUCGUGGAUUGGCGUGGUCUGCGGGCCGUGGUUUGAGUUCACCAUCCAGAUGGGCGGGCUUGGCGUUGAUGUGCGCAGCAAGACUGCGAGUUUGCUGGGGAGUGAGGACAAGGGUUUCGGAGUGCAGAAGGCGAGUGUGACUACCUUCAAGAGGACGGGCGAGAUGGUGGCGGGCUUGCUCAGCCUGCCCGAGGAGAAGCUGGCGGCGUACAAGAACCGGUGGGUGUUCUUCUCGUCGUUCACCAUCAGUCAGCAGGAGUUGCUGGACAGCGUAAAGAGGGUCACCGGGAGUGGUGAGGGACAGUGGACUAUCAAGGAGUGGACCGUAGAGGAACUGCUCGCUACGUCGAAGCAGAAGAUGCAGGAGCAGGAGACGUUCAUGGAGGGCCGGCUCAUGAUGCUCCAGCUGGUGUUUGGUGAGGGUCUUGGAGGGGAUUUCAGUGCCAAGGUGCUGGACAGCGAGGAGCUUGGGCUCCAGCCGGAAGACUUGGACGAGGUUGUGCGAGGCGUCGUUUGA